AUGGCAAAUAUUAGCUACGCGACCGCAUCCCCGGCUGCUACGACUGGUGGACAGGGCAACAAUCCGCCCGUCUGCCAGAACUGUGGUACCUCCACUACUCCCUUAUGGCGCCGUGACGAGCUGGGCUCUGUUCUUUGCAACGCCUGUGGAUUAUUCCUCAAGCUGCACGGGCGGCCUCGUCCGAUAAGCUUGAAGACUGAUGUGAUUAAAAGUCGCAACCGUGUAAAGACCGGGCAGGGCCCCAAACGAAAGUCUGGCGGCCCCGUCGAUUCCAACGGCCUGGCAGGACAACCGGAGGCUGGAACUCCCCCUCUUGGCUCCCAUGGCUACCGUCGCGCGUCGCGUAAGAUGUCCCCGGGUCACUCGGAUCGCUCGAACUCCCCCCUGUCGCGAACGGAGACGCCUGGCUUUGCUUCAAUGCAAGCGCAUAAUUCGAAUAUUGCACCACAGCACAUGUUCGACAGCGUCACUCCUGGCGGCAAUGCUCUCACCUCUGGCAGCCUUCCUUCUCUUCCAUUGCGGCAGCCUUCUCCCUCUGCUGUGGAUCGUCAGCUUGAAUCACCCCAGACAUUCGAAAGUCUUCUGGCCCUCAAUACCUCUCUUAAGACACGCGUCAGUGAGCUUGACUUGAUCAAUGAGCUUUUCCGUGGUCGCGUGGCCGAACUCGAGCAGAGUGACGCUAGUGCGCGUCGAUCGGAGAUGAUUGCGCGGGACUCCGAGGCUCGCCUGCGCCGGUCUCUGGAGGAGUCACAGCGUCGUGAGGAUGACCUUCGGCGACGCGUCAGUGAUCUCGAACGCCAAAUGGGUACCGGCGAUUUGGAUAGCUCAGAACCCCAAGCAAAGAGAAUCCGGCUAUCCGAUGUGGUAGAACAGUCGUCCGAGGAAUCUCCUUCUCAAGCCAAAUCCCCCAAGAGCCCUUGA